AUGAGAGCGGAAAGCCAGCAGGAGUCACACCUUGUCCUGGGGGCCCUAUGGUCCGUCAUUCUCCGCCGUUAUGUCGAAAGUCCCGUCACCCAACUUUGGCUGAGUAGUCCAGGACAAGAUCGCUCCGAACGGUCACUUCCUGAGAUAAUGACCGUCAACAUCAAGGAGGAUAUGGAAUUUGCAAACCUAUUGGAGACUACAGCGUGGACUCCUGCCACGCUUGACGCUUCUGAACCACCAAAUACUGGUAUCAUCUUUGUUCAGGAUGUACACUCACAUACAUGGGACGACGAGUUGGUACAGCACCAUUCGCAAGAACUUUCCGAGGCGUGUGACGUCCUUCUCGUCCUAUACCAAAGUCGAGACGAGCUCCGAGUAGUCAUGACAUACCGCAAGUCCACCAUGUUGACGAUGCAUGCGUCAAGUAUAUUGCAACAAUUGGAGGAUAUCACAGUCAAACUCUGUCAAAGAACCACACAAACAGUGCGUGACCUGUGGGCUACUUCUGGUUGUGAUCGCUGGAGGAUGCAGAGAUGGAAUGCGCUUGGGUCCGUUGAGACAGCUGACCUGUUGAUGCACGAGAUCAUUCAUCAACAAGCCCUUGAAAUGCCACACAAACCUGCAUUAGAGUCGUGGGAUGGCACCUUAACGUACUUUCAGCUUGACUAUCUCUCAUCUCGACUAGCCUCCCAUCUGAUUUAUAGCGGCGUCGGACCAAAUAUCUUUGUUCCUAUCAGCUUCCAGAAGUCUGUCUGGGCUAUCGUUGCCAUGCUUGCAGUCAACAAGUGCGGAGCAGCAUUUGUCCCCGUGGAUCCAAAGGUGCCGUCAGAUCGCCUCUCAAGCAUUUUGCGCCAGACAAACGCCCGUGUAGCAUUAGCCUGCAAUGAACAGGCUGGCAUACUACACGAUGCGGGUAUAUCGGUUAUCACAGUCGGGGACAAGCACGAGCAUGAAUGGUGCGAUAGAGUCGGAUCGAACUCUAUAUACCCGGGCCGUGAUUCACCGGCGUAUUGCCUGUUCACAUCGGGCAGUACGGGUGAACCCAAGGGCUGUGUCGUGGGACAUGCCGCUUUCGCCAAAAUUGCCAGUCACUGCUCCCCUCUCUAUCUACAGUCAGACAGCCGAGUUCUCCAGUUCGCCUCCCUUGGGUUUGGCAUGGCUCUGAUCGAGGUCUUUUGCACCCUCAGCCGUGGUGCGACGCUGUGUAUCCCGUCGGACACAGGCCGCAUGAAUUCGUUGACCAAGGCUAUCAGCGACAUGGACGUGGACUGGGUGGUGCUCUCUCCAACCACGCUAAGUACCAUAUCCCCGACUGAUCUGGGAUGUCUGAAAACGAUUGUUCUUGGAGGAGAGCCUGUCCAGGAGAGCCAUAUUCUCGACUGGGGGCGACGUGCUCGACUUAUCCAGAUAUACGGACUCACCGAGUGCGCGGGGAUCUUUGCAGCCUCCGACCCCAUCUUCUGCGAUCCAUCCCAGCGAACAGUUGGAUAUCCAGUCAAUGGGCGCUGUUGGAUUGUAGAUCCUCAGGACCACAAGCAGUUGCGAGGCGUUGGAGCAGUGGGAGAGCUUCUCAUCGAUACUUCCAAUCUUGCCCAAGGCUACCUUAAUGAUCCACAACGAACAGCGUUGUCAUUUGUCUCUCCGCCCUCCUGGAUGGAGCACCAGGUGCCUGCUCGUCAGAAUCGUCCAACCGUGCUUUACAAGACUGGUGACCUAGCCCGAUUCAAUCCUGAUGGGAGCAUCUCCCACAUGGGCCGGAAAGACCAUCAGGUCAAGGUGCGCGGUCAACGGGUAGAAUCCAGCGAGAUAGAGCAUCGUAUCCGCGAGCUAUUUUCGAGAGUUGCCGACAUCGUAGUAGAUGUGGUAAUUCCAAAAAAGUCAAAUCAUGUUUCCUCUCUUGCGGCCUUCAUUCUCCAGCCGGACGGACCUACCGAGGAUGACCGUCUCUUUGCAUAUGCGAGCGAAGCUUUCCUCGCGGAGGUUCAAUCCGUGAAGUUGAGUCUAGCCAAGAUCUUUCCGGGAUAUAUGGUUCCUACUCUCUUUCUUCAACUGAAGAAAAUGCCUAAGACCAUCUCUGGGAAAAAGGACCGGCGUCGACUGCGCCAGGAAGUUGCCCAGAUGACUUGGGAUCAGAUGAAGGCAUAUACCAUGGUGCAAGACGGCAGUAGGAACGACCCCGCUAUACUAGAGUCCAACGCGGAGCGGACCCUUGCUCAAAUCUGGGCCACCCUUCUUCACCUGGACCCGAAUCAACUGGGACCUGAUGACGAUUUCCUAGCCCUGGGGGGUGACUCCAUCGUCGCCAUGCGGGUCGUUGCAAUGGCUCGCGUCAAAGGAUUGAAUCUGACGGUAGCAGACAUCUUUACAACCCCAAAUCUGCGCGAAAUGGCCCGGAGCGCCAGAGUUUUGAACAACGCCCCAGUUACUCAACGAAAGCUGAUUCGCCUGGUAGAUGAUGAGGUCCAUACAGCCUGUCUCUCCUAUCUCCGUGAGCACACCUCAUUGUUGGACUCCUGCUCUGAGACACCAUUGAUUCUUCCAGCCAGCGAUAUUCAAGAGUUUUUCAUUGAUCGCAGUUGCUUUGACUGGUUCGCCUAUAUCUUGGAAGGCAGUUUGGAUCUUGGCCGCCUGCAAGCCGCGUGCGACAUGGUAGUGAAGAAACACAGCAUGCUGCGAACCUUCUUCACUCAGAAGGACCAUCGCAUUCUUCAGGUUACUCUACCACAUAUGGAAACACCCCUACACCAUAUUACAACCGCUCGCAAGGUGUCAGCGGUAGCCGAGAAGCUCUGGAGCCAUUCUUCUUUCGAAUCGCUACCGAUGGAUGUUCUCCCCGUUCGGUUCAUUCUUAUCUCCAAUACCGAGGCGAAUGAACAUGCUUUAAUUUUACGGCUGUCUCAUGCCCAAUACGAUGGCCUUUCUUUGCCAAUUCUCACUGAGGACCUCGCCGUUGCAUACGGUGAAGGCGCUCUGUCUUUCGGCCUACAGUUCUCUGACUACCUCCAGUGUCGUGCCCAGCAAGAUAAUACGACCGGCUACACCUUUUGGCGCACUUACCUGGAAGGGUCUACUAUGACAAACCUACAGGACUGCACAUUCGAUACUAAAGACCGAACAAAGGAACAGGGGACUUUCGAAGCAGUAGAUGCAAAAGCACUUAUCACGUCCCCUUGUGAGCCUCCGGAAGGGAUCACCAUGGCCACGUUGAUCAAAGCAGCGGGGGCCCUAGUGCUUGGACAAUUGACUCACAAGAAAGAGAUUGUUUUCGGCCAAACAGUCAGUGGACGCAGUGGGCUUCCUCUUCCUGGAAUUGAAAGCAUUCUGGGGGCUUGUCUCAAUUUUACUCCCAUCCGCAUCGACAUACAACCAACAUGGCCAACAGCCUAUUAUCUCCAGCACGUACAAGCGCAACAUAUCCAGACUACACCUCACGACUACUUGGCUCUUGCCGAUAUUGUCGAGAACUGCACAUCAUGGAGGCCGCAAACAGCGUUGGGGGCCAUCUUCCACCACCAGGAUCUAGAUACGAAGAUGGCGAUAUCACUGCCUGGACUGAGCAAUCCCCGGACAUUACACCAUAUCACAGGGUCUUAUAUGCAUCAGCUGAUGCGGUCAGAAGUAUGGGUGUUUUCUAUGGCUGGGAAAGAUGGUCUGGAGAUAUCUAUCCGCGCUCCAGCCCACGUACUACAGAUUGCAGAGGCAGACGAACUGGCGCGCAAAAUCGCUACAGCAGUUCAAUUAAUGGCGCGACAACCUGAUAGCACUCUCGCAGACAUCAUGCCCGCCUAA